UUUCGCCCUAUGGCUUGGGAAGCAUGAGAUGAAAGAGGGGAUCUGCUUAAGGCUGGUGCACCUCACCACAGCAGAAUCUUUGGAGGGGUUGGUGGGUGCUGUGUUUCUUAGUUGUAUUGUAUUCCUAUAUAUAUAGGAUUAUAUGCAAGAGAGACUUUACUUUCCUUUGGAACACAAAUGGCAAAGAAUGUUGGGAUUCUCGCCAUUGACAUCUACUUCCCUCCCGCAUGCGCUCAGCAGGCAGCAUUGGAGACUCAUGAUGGUGUCAGUAAAGGGAAGUAUACCAUUGGACUUGGACAAGAUUGCAUGUCAUUCUGUACCGAAGUUGAAGAUGUUAUCUCAAUGAGUUUGACUGUGGUUACUUCCCUUCUUGAGAAGUAUGAGAUUGAUCCUAAACAAAUUGGUCGUCUGGAAGUUGGAAGCGAGACUGUGAUAGACAAAAGCAAAUCCAUCAAGACAUUCCUAAUGCAAAUCUUUGAGAAAUAUGGAAACACUGACAUUGAGGGUGUUGAUUCAACUAACGCAUGCUAUGGAGGAACUGCUGCUCUGUUCAAUUGUGUCAAUUGGGUGGAGAGCAAUUCAUGGGAUGGACGCUAUGGACUUGUUGUCUGCACUGACAGUGCAGUCUAUGCUGAAGGACCUGCUCGACCUACUGGAGGAGCUGCUGCUAUUGCCAUGCUAAUUGGUCCUGAUGCUCCCAUUUCUUUUGAAAGCAAAUUGAGAGGAAGUCAUAUGUCUCAUGCUUAUGAUUUUUACAAGCCUAAUCUUGCUAGUGAAUAUCCAGUUGUCGAUGGAAAGCUUUCACAAACUUGUUACCUCAUGGCUCUUGAUUCUUGCUAUAAGCAUUUGUGCCAUAAGUAUGAGAAAUUUGAGGGAAAACAAUUUUCUCUUUCUGAUGCUGAAUACUUUGUAUUUCACUCUCCUUAUAACAAGCUUGUACAGAAGAGUUUUGCUCGGUUGUUUUUUGAUGAUUUCUUGAGGAAUGCCAGCUCUGUGGAUGAGGUUGCCAGAGAAAAGCUGGGACCUUUUGCAACUUUAUCUGGUGAUGAGAGCUACCAAAGUCGGGAUCUUGAAAAGGCAUCCCAGCAAGUUGCGAAGCCUCUAUAUGAUGAGAAGGUACAACCAACUACUUUGAUUCCAAAACAAGUUGGCAACAUGUACACUGCGUCUCUCUAUGCAGCAUUUGCAUCCCUUAUUCACAACAAACAUAGCACAUUGGCAGGUAAUAGGGUGAUAUUAUUCUCAUAUGGUAGUGGCUUAACUGCCACAAUGUUUUCUUUGCGAUUUCAAGACGGUGAAGGCCCAUUUAGCUUGUCAAACAUUGCUAGAGUGAUGAAUGUUGAUGGAAAAUUGAAAUCAAGACACGAGGUUCAUCCGGAGGAGUUUAUUGAAACCCUGAAGCUAAUGGAGCAUAGGUAUGGUGCGAAGGAGUUUGUGACAAGCAAGAACGAUAGCCUUUUAUCUCCUGGCACAUUCUAUCUCACAGAAGUUGACUCCAUGUAUCGGAGGUUCUAUGCAACGAAAGCUAGAGAAAGCAGUUUGACUUCCGCUGUGAACGGUUUGGUCGCUAAUGGCCACUGAUGUUGAGCAUGUACAACUAGCUGUCAACUUAGCCUAAAAUUAAGGGGUAUUGUUAUUUCGAUAACAUAAUGGAAGAUUGGAAGGUAAAUCGUUUCUGGGGUGGCAACUGUUCUCAGUUCAAAUACUUCAUUGUACUCUUUAAAGAUGUGUUUACUCAAAGUCUAUAUAUUAUCAUUUUCGGUGUAUUUUUUUGCAUUUUAAUGAAUGCAAAUUAGUCUUUGAAUAAAAAAAUAAAUUUUUAGGGAUAUUCAUCGAGAUCUUUUCUAAUAUUUAUCCUAAGUGUCUUUCUUGUCUUA